UGGCUAUUGUCGGGCCUAGGGCCGGCUUUAGAAUGGAGAAGUAGGGCGACUCCUUCCCUCCACUAGCCCGGGUGUUCAGAGUUGGGGCUGUGAACUCUGAUAGCAUUUGCUAUCCUACCCGUAGCCCCCCGUGUCAGGGUACGACAAUGGCGGUUCUGGCUACCAACUCGACACCAGCUCCGGCACUCGGCAGUGAUGUCUUCGUCAACUCGGCAACAUCGCUGGCACCCGGCAUGAAUGCACUGUCAACUCGGCAACAUCCAUGGCAAAAAAGCAACAGAAGCAUCAUGCAGUCGUCUCAACUUUGUUGUGCCACUGGUUGACGUGAUCUUCUGCCAAGGGACACUAUCGUGCACCGUUUAGUGUCGUCAUCGUAGGUGCAGCCUCACUCAAAUAAAAUGAUGGAAGCAGAUUUGAAUUUAACCGACCAAGCUACCGCAUCCGGGGCAACCGAUGCGCCACAGGUCACGGCCGUGGUGAAAAAGAAGCGAAAUCCGUGCAAAUCACUCUAUCUAAAGCUCGGAAUGUAAGAACGACAAAUGACAGCGAUGCUUCGAUCAGACCAGAACGCGCGACAGCCAUUAUAUGUAAAGAACUCGAAAAGUCGUCAAUCGAUAUUUGUGCACGAAGUGAAGUUCGUCGACCUGGAACAGGGAACCUUGUGGAGAAAAGUCAUACAAUCUUUUGGAGUGGGAGUGACAAGAAAGAAGCUGGUGUUGGCUUUGCGAUACGCAACAAACUUCUUAUCCAAUCCGAUCUGAACCCAAUCCCUAUAAACGAUCGUCUCUCAACACUGCGAGUAUUGUUAAAAGAUAACGAUUAUUUGACGCUCAUCAGUGUGUAUGGACCCACCAUGCAAAGAAGUCAAGAGGAAAAAGAACAGUUUUAUGAACAGUUAGGUGAUUGCUUAGAGAAUGCUAGAAACGACAGAAUAAUUGUGCUUGGUGAUCUAAAUGCCCGUGUUGGAAAAGAUUGGUCAUCUUGGCCCUCCAUAAUCGGUAAACAUGGUAUUGGAAAUAUGAACUCCAACGGUCUAAUGUUGCUUGAAUUUUGCGCCAGACACCAAUUAUCUGUCAUGGGAACCAUGUUUCAAUUGAAAGACUCUUUAAAAACCACUUGGCAGCAUCCACGAUCGAAACAUUACCACCAAAUCGAUCAUGUACUUGCCAAUCCUCGUGCAAAACAAUUCAUCAAUGUCACCAAAAUCGACCCAAAUGCUGAUUGUCUCACGGAUCAUAAGUUGUUAACGUCAAGCUGCAACUUCCGAAUUCAUCGUAGAGAGAAAGGGACAAAGCCUCCUAAAAAGUUCGACAUCACAUUGACGCCAGGGAAGAAGCAACGCCUGCAAUCGUUUCUUGAUGAGAAUCUACCGAAUUGUAGACAAGACUGGGAAGAAUUUAAAACGAUUUUACAAGAAGCAGCAAAACACACCUUUGAUCAAAAGAAAAAAGUAGCAAAU